AUCUUAUUUAUUUUAGGUGCCAUAAGACACCACAUCCUCCGAUGGGCUUCAGAGAGAAAUCGAAAAAUCAGUGACGGAUAUGACUUUGAGGUAUUUUUUUAUUUGUAUACACAGCUGUACUAUCAAUGAAGCUGAAGCAUACAUUACAAUAAUUAUUAUUAUUAGAUGCUGUGUCAGAGAUUGAUGGAAGAGCUAAUAAGGUUUCCAGCCAAGCAAACGUUCUCAUAUGGAUUUUUAGUUUUGCCAAUACCACGAUGAUGGAUUCAAUGAUGACAUGAUGCAUACAGCCACCCUAGCUUUCUUUUAUCUUUAUCCUGAUAGAAAACUAGAACCCCAGCCAAGAGAGCAAAAGCUUCAUCAUCCUCAGAUCUCGAAGACAUGAGUCAGAGUAUGAUUGGUAAGUGUCCACUCAGAACAUUGCUUUGUAUCAAUACUGUUUCAAUGACCUGCCCCAUAUUAAAUUUGCCAGUGUCAUAUCAUCCAUAAAAGAGGGAGAUAGUUGGACAAAGUACCCAUAUGUACCUGUUGUCAACCCUUUGACAAGGCACUUUUCAUUCUACAUCUGACGUGUAUAAAUUAUUGGUACUGGAGGAACCUAAAAAACUGUUGUUUGGUAUUCCUGCAGUGAAACUACAUACAAUUUGUAGCAUCCCAACCAGGGGGAAGACGCAAUACUCUUAUGUUGCUUCCUGCUACUGAAACAGGAAUUAAUACUGAAAUAACAACCAGCAUGAUGAGCCACUAACUAGGUUUGGAGGCAGGCGCUGCCUAUAUACACUGUAUCUAUAUUGUGCUGUAAUAGUAUAGUAGGUCCCCCAUUGAUGACCUACCCAUACUUCUAUGUUUAAAGACACAGCAAAAAUUAAUGAUUUUAUUUAAUUGCUGUUAAUGUUCUAUUUCAGCUGUGACAGACACAUCCAAGCCAGAAUCAACGGAAACUGCUGAUACUGUUGAAGACAUCUCUAAUUACAGUGCACAGUUAGUGUGCGCUGUUAUCUUUCGUGUUCCGACAUUUCGAAAUUUAAGUGUUAAAAAGCACUCAGCUCCUGCCGCCAAACUCCUGAAGAUUAAGACGAGAGGUCAAGGGAAAUAUGACUUAGCAGUUAAUGUUGCAAUCGCUUUAGUGCAAAAGGGAUAUGUCGGUACUACAAAUCCAGACGUAAAUUACAAAGAGUUGGAACAAGAACAAAUUGUAAUUUUAAAAGAUCUUGUGGAAGAGCUGCAUGUAGAGAACAUUAAGAAACAAGAGGCUUUAAGUAGUUCACCUUCAGGUAAU